AUGCCUGAUACGAUCACAUCGUUAAAGAAGGAAAACGAUGCUUUAAAGCUCCAGAUAAAUUCCCUACAGCAUGACUUCGCGAAAUUGCGAAAUAUGAUUGAAAAACAAAAAGAAGCACUGAAGCAAGACGAAGCUAGUACAACAACUCGAGUUCAAAUAACAGAAUUUCAAAAUAGCCUGGAGUUCUUAAGCGCAAAAUAUGAUACUCUGAGCACAGAGGAAGGGGCAGCGAAGAGAGAUUUACAGAAAUUAAAUUCAAGGCUGUUGGAUCGAAUCGAAAAAGUAGAUCGAAUCGACGAUGCGCUUGAGCAGCUAUGCCAGUACAGUUAUCAAUAUAAUGUUAAAAUCGUUGGCAUUCCUCAACAAGAAGUAAAAGAAUCUGCGUACGACACUAGUAUGCUGUGUGUAGAUCUGUUCAAGAAAAUUGGAGCCGACGUAAAUUAUCAAGAUAUAGAUAUUGCCCACCGUGUCCCAAGUAGAAGGAAUGACAAUACACCAGCUCCUAUCGUUUGCAAGUUUGUACGGCGAAACUCAAAAGAGUGUGUAAUGAAGCAUAAAAGAGAAACAAAUAAAGUUAGCCCAUUAAUCCGUAUCUUUGAUCAUCUCACUCCCAAGAAUCAACAUAUUCUAGCAGAAGCAAGGACCUUCAAAGAAAAGUUCUCUUAUCAGUAUUGUUGGACAAAGAACUCAACUGUUUAUCUGAGAAAGAGUGCGACCUCGAGAGCGAUCAGGAUAAAAGAGCUUGGAGAUUUACAGCGAAUGGAAGAGGGAAGUGAGAACUGA